UCUCUUAUAAAAGAGGCCGACCUCCAUCCUUGCUCAUCAUUGUACCCAAUGGCUCUGAAGCCUGUAAAGCUAGACGAAGAGACGAAGAAACUGUUAGAAGAAGAAUUGCCGAAGAAGGCUCGCCAUCCCCACACCAUUCGCCACAUAGAGAAGAAAUUGGUCGACAAAGGCGUUCACCGAAUGGAGCGCCGUUCCGGCGACGGCAUCGGGAUCGGCCGCGGUUUACCCAAGGCGGGCCACGGCGGCCGGUUCACUUGGGAGGGUCCCGACGGCGAGGCUGAGUUGGUGGAUUUGGAGGAGAGGGAACCCUAUUAUAUGGAGGAAGAGGAAGAGGAGGAGAAAGAGAUGGUGGUUGGGGAAGUGGAGGUGGCUAAGGUGGCUGAGGGCAGACAAGGGGUUUCGAGAAUUGAGAUUCGAGAGCCGAAUCUUGUCUGAAAUUUCUGCUGGCUCGAUCGUCUUCUUGUAUCUGUUUGUUCUAUGUCUGUAGGCUUCGUAUGAUAUGUAUAACAUUGGAGAAGUUUUGUUUUAUGUAUUUUUAUUUAAUUUAAAGAGUAUAAUAUA